AUGACGACGGCCGCACCCCCCGGCCGGCCUGGAGCUCCAGCUUCAACCGAGCUUCGACCUCACGACGACAGCCGCCAACCUACACGACGCAAUAUGGCAGCACCGGCAGCCCAGUACAAGGACAGACAGUUCCUGGCCGUCAUCGGCGAUGAGGACACUUGCACGGGCAUGCUGCUCGCGGGCGUAGGCCACGUUACUCAACCCCCGGACAGCCAGAAGAACUUCCUAGUCGUGGACGCCAAGACGGAAACCGCGGUCAUUGAAGCUGCCUUUGACAAGUUCACCACGGAGCGCAAGGAUAUCGCCAUUCUGCUCAUCAACCAACAUAUUGCCGAGAGGAUACGACACCGAGUCGAGGCAUACACGGCUGCCUUUCCCUCACUGCUCGAGAUACCGUCCAAAGACCAUCCCUACGACCCCGAGAAGGACAGUGUGCUGAAGAGGGUGAGGAGGUUAUUCGGAGAGUAAGCGGGGACAGCGACUGCGAAUAGUGGCGAGGACGGCGGAAGUGGGCCAUGCCAAGUACAUGACUGGCACGAGGCCUUUAAGAAUCACUGUGCAUACUUCAUGUAGACGUCUGCGACGACUAACAGGGAUACAUAGCACAUACAGCGAAGAUAUCCACCACAGUAAAGUCUCCACAU